ACCAGCCAGAUGGAUGACUGGAGUUUCCCUUGCGGUCUGAAGAUUAAUGGAAGGGGGGUCUGUUGAUUUUAGUAAUCGACUAUCAGAUGAUCGGUCCCAUUGCACUUGACGGCUGCUUCAGGAAUGAAUGGAGGGAGAUCCAUUUGAAAUAAGCAACAGCGGAGAAAAAGAAUAACCCGGACGGCACUUUUGUUUCCCGGGUGUCAGCUGAAAAGGCCUGACUACAAGAGAUAGCACCUGGGUAGGUCAGGCCAGGAUACGACUGCGAGGGACGCUAAAAGCUAACGCCAGCUUGCUCGUUGCACAGACGGAAAAAAAACGGUUCGACGAUCUCUAAUGGUCCUGACUGGAUUUUGGAUAAACGAAGCCUUAUCUGGAAGCAAAGGACAGUCGAGUGCCGUCUUGACCUGCCGGUGCUCGCUUGGAAAUUGACAAGCUAAACGCUACCAAGCUAACAUCCACUGGUUAUCUCUGCUAGCAGCCGUGCUAGCCUAGCUCACUCAAAGCGUUAGUUUUAGCUGCGAGCUUGGAUAUAAUCGCUUGGCUGGAGGUUGUGAGUCGUCGUGGGGAAAGUAUUUGGGGAGAAAUACAUUUGCACCCAUUGGUCAAUAAUGGUAGCUGUUAGCUAGUAGCUAGCUGUCAGCUUCAUUGAGACUGUCGACUGCGCUAAGAGGUGUAGCAUCACUCCACGACUUGUACAGGAGAAGUCAGCCCGGACCCAGGGACUCCACCAUCAGCCUGCCAUCAUGGGCAACACGCCCACCGCAAAGAAGGGCAAUGAGAUGGAGAGUGUGAAGGAGUUUCUUGCCAAAGCCAAAGAAGAUUUCUUGAAGAAAUGGGAGAAUCCAGCACAGCAAACUGCGGCAUUGGACCACUUUGAGCGUUUGAAGACCUUAGGCACUGGUUCAUUUGGUCGAGUCAUGCUGGUUAAACACAAAGAGUCGGGCCAGCAUUUUGCCAUGAAAAUACUUGAUAAACAGAAGGUAGUGAAGCUGAAGCAGAUAGAGCACACACUCAACGAGAAACGUAUCCUGCAAGCUGUCAGCUUUCCCUUUCUGGUGCGACUGGAGCACUCUUUUAAGGACAACAGUAAUCUGUAUAUGAUAAUGGAGUAUGUCCCCGGGGGUGAAAUGUUCUCACACUUGAGGAGAAUUGGUAGAUUCAGUGAACCCCACGCCCGCUUCUACGCAGCCCAGAUUGUACUGACCUUCGAAUACCUUCACUCACUGGAUCUCAUUUACCGAGAUCUGAAGCCGGAGAACCUGCUCAUCGACCACCAAGGUUACAUACAGGUUACAGAUUUUGGAUUUGCGAAAAGGGUGAAGGGCCGAACCUGGACGCUUUGCGGGACCCCAGAGUACCUGGCACCAGAGAUCAUCCUCAGUAAGGGUUACAAUAAAGCAGUGGAUUGGUGGGCUCUGGGAGUGCUGAUAUAUGAGAUGGCUGCUGGUUACCCCCCCUUCUUCGCCGACCAGCCUAUUCAAAUUUACGAGAAGAUUGUAUCAGGGAAGGUUCGCUUUCCCUCUCACUUCAGCUCAGACCUGAAGGACCUGCUGAGAAAUCUGCUUCAGGUGGACCUGACCAAGCGCUUUGGCAACCUCAGGAAUGGAGUCAACGAUAUCAAGGGCCACAAGUGGUUUGCCACCACUGAUUGGAUAGCCAUCUACCAGAGGAAGGUGGAAGCUCCCUUUAUUCCCAAGUGCAAAGGCCCCGGCGACACGAGCAACUUUGACGACUACGAGGAAGAGGAAAUCAGAGUCUCCUUCACAGAGAAGUGUGCAAAGGAGUUUUCUGAGUUCUAGAUUCCAACCAUGAGUAGCAGAGAGAGAAAGAGUGAGAGAAAGAGCGAGAGAGACAGGCAUUUAGAAGGUAAAAGGGGGUCUGAAGACAGGAAGCGCUAGGGUGGACUGCUAACUUGCUUAUUUGUUAUGACGACAACAAUGUAAAAUCCCCCCCAGUGGAAAUGUAGGCAAAGUGAAGAAAGAUCCAGCAGAACCAGCAGUGUUGCCUUUUCUGAUUGUUUCUCAACUGUUACCUAUUUGUUUUAUUUAUCCCUCUUGUGUUUGUGGCAGUGGCUCGAGGAGAACAGACAUAGGUUGUGGCUGUUCAGCUAGACUUGUAUCUUUCUGAUGGUGUAAUGACACGUUUUAAGUCUUUGCAGGUUGAGGCAUUGAUUUUUCUGUUAAGGUACUGAAUCUGCUAUAGGCUUCCUUUUUUUUUUUUUUUUUCCUGAACGGGCCCUCUCUACAAGCUUCUCAAGGAGCGAUUGUUGUAUCUUGUCACCCUGCCCCACCCCCCUCCAUCUCUCCAUUCUGAAUCUGUCCAAGCAAUACCAAGUCCAACAGAUGUGCCUAUCAUAAUGCCAACUGGUUGGAAAACUGCGUCGAAAGCAUUGGUGCAGAGCUUUGGCUAUGGUGGCAAAUGGCCUUUGUGCCCGUUGUGGUUCACAGCUUGAAAACUCUCUGCGCCUGCCUUUGUCUGCUCAGUGUGGCAUGAUUAUUGGGUAGAUGAGGAUGAUGCGCUCACUGCUCGCAGCUGAAGCAGUGGGGAUCUCUGUGAUCAGCGAGAUAAUGAUUUAUCACAGUAAACUUCAUCAGGGUCUUACUGCUUUUGGGGACCUGUAAGAGAUGGUAAACAUGAGGUCUGCAUUUAAAUCUGUCUUUCUCUUAGCUGAAUUUAUUAGAGCAUUUAAAAGAAAAUCCUAUUGGUGAUCAUUUUGUUCUUUUUUGUCAAUCUCUGUGCUUGUGUGUUAUUUAGUGCUCAAGGGUGGGUUAAAAAGCUGUGAUUUAGCAGCAACUAACAUUGUGGUCACACUCCUGACUAUUGUUUAUUUAAUUCAUAGUACAUUUAUACAUCAUAUAUAUCUAUAUAUAUAUGAUAGAAAACAUGAAAUAUCCAUCUUUUUCCACAUUGUCUCAUAGCUGUGAAACUGAAUUAAGAAUUUCAUUAAUAAACAAAUAUAAAUUCUGCCAAACUUGCAAACUGAGAACACUGCAAAGUUUUCUGUAUGUACCUGACGGUGGUGGAUUUUAAUACGCAAAAAAGUAGCAAAAUGUUUCAACAAAGUGUGCAUGUUAUUUUUGUACAAUAUCACUUUUAAAGAUGGCAUAGCAUUAUGCUGUACUCGUGCUGAGGUACCAGAGACGGUGGAUAACAUGCGUAACUAUUAAAGCAGACUCUCCGCUGCUCUGUUUUGAAGAUGGAACAAGACCCAGAUAAAUGUCAGAAAGUUCUUCUGGCUUUUGUUCACUACUCAGUUUAAAGGACAGUUUGCUGAUAAAGUCACUGAACUUGUGCGUCUCACCUUCUCUUGUAUAUACCUUACAUAUAACACAUUCACAUAGACUUGCAGUCCAACCAAAAUUUGGGGACCGCUACGAUUGGAGUGGGUUUUUUUCAUUUCAUUUUUUUUCGUUUUCCAGCUUUCUAUGUAACAAAUUAAACGAAGGAAGCUUUCCUAACGCUGUCCCCCUUUUUUUGCCAAGUUUAUUUCUGUGGAUGCAAGACAAUCACAGACCAAAUCUUAUUGCUGGUUUGUUGACUGAACACAUUGUUUUGGUUUGAUGAAGGAUGUUUGCUUUCACCCACCCCACCCAACCCUCCUCCUCCUCCUCCUCCUCCACCCUUCAUAGCCCCUAGGUGCUAGACUUUUGUCCAUCUCACUGAAAAGCUUCUGUGAACUGUUUGAUGUGCAUCACUCUAUUUGUCAAAUCUUGUAUCAUGAAAUUUCUGAGAAUGUUCUUUCGACUCUAAAUGAUUCGGGUUAGGCUUGAGUAAUUAUUUUUGGGAGUCUCUUUAAUGUAUUUAAGAUGAAACGCAGGAUAACCUUUUUGAAUGUCUUGAACUGUCUGAUGGAGAUGUGUCCAAUGCUGUGUGGAAAUGACGUGUAUUCUUUAUAAUACAUAUUUCUCUGAUGAGCUUGGUUUUUCUUGCAUGUGGUAAAAGCAACCCAAUGGCAAGACACCCCCCUCAACCCACCUUCGAAGCUGAGACGACGUUAGAGAAAGCUUAGUUUCCACAGCCGACAGCCUCAUCACCAUUUAAACCUUUCAUUCAUACGCAUCACGUUCAGCAAUGCAGUGGAUCACCAACCAACUCGUCCAGUCUUUUGCAAAUAGUGAAGCACAUGCCACACACUUUUUCAAAUGUCCUAUUUAUUGAUUUUUGCUAAUUCUUUAAAACUUUAAAGACACAAUGUAAAGCUUUGAAGAGGGCACAUGUAAUAUCUUUAUGUUCUGACUAAUGACUAGAAGGCAAUGCCACCAUCUUAAUGCUGUUUUUGUUUUUCUUGUUUUUGUUUUUUUUCCCCACUCAAAACUUCUUGUGAGUUGUCUUUAAUUAUUUUUAUCAGCUAAACACUAUCAACUGAUCUGUGCUCGGCCUGAGUUUCUCUCCUGUGUUUUCCUUUGGUCUUCAUCAGGUUUUCACACACUCCUCAUUCAAACAUAACACUUUUUACAUCUGAGAUGUUUUGCGUUCAUAUUUUCUAAUUGUAUUUUCAAAAAAAAAGUGAGAAAAAGAAAAAGCAAAAACAGAACAUUAAUCUUUUCCUCAUGACCUGGGUACAGUGAUUGUGUAGUCUAUUGUACCUUUUGGGAAACAAUACUGUAUAUCCUUGCCUUUGACAGUCUUAACUAUCUUACCCUCUGGAGAACUUGACAGAUACCCUUAGAACACAAUGAGUAUGUUAAAAAAAUAUACAUAAAGUAAUAUUUUGCAAAAUGUAUCAUUCCAAUAAAGUUUUACUUGUUAA